AUGAUAAAAAAUUUACAAACUGAUGCUCAAAAAUUAACUAACGAUAGAGAUAAACUUGUAGCGAAACUUAAAGACACUAAUAUACUUAAUUUUAAUCAACUUGAAGCUGAAGAUGCUAUUUUAUUAACUCCAAUCAAUAAUAUAGAUGAUAAUGAGAACAUUAAUAGUAUCGACAUUAAUAUUAAUGGUAAUAGUUCAAGAGAAAUCAUGCCAAAUCAAAUAAAUUCACAAUCUCAACAAUCCCAUUCUGUAAAUUCUUUACGCUCAAAUUCUUCAGAUACUUCUUUUAAUGCUCUAAUAGGAAUGCUUAACGAUGAGCCUAAUUCAUCAAUAUCAUCAUCUUCAACGAUUGUAAAUAAUGAUCAUUUUGAAAUCCAAAAAUUAGAUGAUUCUUUAAAUGAUGAUAUUCCUUCAAUAUCUAGUGGUAAUAGACCUUCCUCCCCUGUUCCUCUGAUUCCUCUUAAAUCUCCUCAACGCCAAAAUAUAUUCAUAAAUAAUAGUUCUAGCAGUGGUUUACAAGCUGACCAAAAUAAAUUAACUACUCCACCACGUUCUCCCAGACAACCUAUUUCUAAAAAUUUUCAACAAAAUAAUUCAUCUAAUACCAGUAUUAAUAGUGAUGGUAUUAAUCAUAUAAAUAACGAUGGUCAAAAUUCCAACCAUCAGUUCGUUGAUCAAAUGAGACAAAUACCUAUCAAAUCUAAUUCAUUGCCUGUUCAAAAUUUAAUAAUCAAUAAUGAAAAUAAGGCUGAUGUUGAUCCUUUACCACUUAUUUAUAGCGAUCCUAACAAUUUCAUAGGAAAUGAUAAUGAUAGAACUCUUAGAACUAGUAAAUCAUUUAGUCAUACAUCUCAACCUCAAAAAAAUAAAACAAUGCCCUCUCCAUUACAAGGCGGUGGUCAACACAAUGAAUCAAAUAAUUCUGGCUUAUUAAACAACAAUAGUAACAGCUCAUUGUUUAUUCCUCUUGGAAAUCAAGGAAAUAGAAAUAGUAUGAUCAUGGCUCCUCCUAGUAAUAAAAAUAAUACAGAAAGUAGUCCUUCGGCUGAACGUGUAAUGAAUCAUAUAGCAAAUAAAGAUUCUUUACCUGAUGGCAAAGAAGUUUUAGCAUUUGUGAUAAUUGUUGGUAAAUCAAAAGUGGUGGAUGGUAAAAUUGUUGAUAUGGAGAAAGAAUUAUGGAGAAUUGAAAAAUUAUAUUCUGAUUUCUUGGGAUUAGAUAGUAAGCAGCACAAAAGUGUUACACAAAAAAUUGGCAAAUUACCUGAUAAAACUCUUUUUAGUAAUAAUGCUCCAAGUAAGGUUGAUCAAAGAAAGUUGGCUUUGGAACAAUAUUUGCUACAUGUAAUUUCUUUAAAUUUAAGCGAUUCUAAAGAUUUAUAUGAUUUUCUAAAAGGUUAUCUUACCAAGAAAGGCAAAAGUUUUGGUGGUUGGAAAAGUAGAUAUUUUGUAUUAAAUAGUCCGCUUUUAGAAUAUUAUGAAAGUAAAGAGGGUAGUCAACUUGGGUUUAUUCGUUUAACCAAUGCACAAAUUGGUAGACAAAGUAAUGCAAAUAGUGAAUCAGAUAAAGAUGGUGAAAACUCUUAUAGACAUGCCUUCUUAAUAUUAGAACCAAAACUACUCAGUUCCAGGAAUACACAUACACGACAUGUUUUAUGUGCAGAAAGCGAUUCUGAAAGAGACGCGUGGAUAGAAGCAUUACUACAAUAUGUUGGAGUAAAUGAGGAAGAAGCAACAGAAAAAUCGAAAAAAAAGAAAAGCAAGUUGAAAGGAAGUAUUUCUCAACCUGAUAAAAAUGAACACACUGAUAAGCCUAUUACUUCUGAUCCAUCGUUAUCAUCUUCUCAUUUUAAUAAUGAUCAAAUCGAUCCAUCAAAAAACAUACAUCCAAGUAAUCAACAACAUUAUCCUCCUCAUCGUCAACAAUCACAUCCUUCUUCUCAGCAGUCACAUUUUCCUCCUCAUCAUCAACAGUCACACCCUCCUCCUCAUCACCAACAGUCACACCCUCCUCCUCACCACCAACAGUCACACCCUCCUCCUCAUCACCAACAAUCACAACCUCCUCUUCAAUAUCAACAAUCACAUCAUUUCCAAACACAAACAUCGCCAUCGUUGUUAGGUGUUAGUGGUAGUAACAAAACCAAUAGCAGACAUAGCUUUACACCUCCAAGGGAUGAAUUAGAAAAGAAUAGUGCACCUGAACCGAGGGAUAUUUCACCUCUUGGUAAUAACAAUAACAAUAAUCAAACAACAUAUUUAAAUGGUCAACCAAACCUUAGAAAAGGUCAAAAUGACGAACAUAAGAAAGCAGCUAGAAAAACAUUCUUUGGCACUAUGUUUGGUAUUAAAGAAGAUAAAAAAAAAUAUCAAGAUCAGAAACCUGAUGCUCAUAAAGUCGUAUUUGGAGUUCCACUUGAUCAGGCUAUUGCUGUCUCAAGAAUAAAAGAAGGUUAUGAGCUACCAGCUGUUCUUUAUCGUUGCAUUGAAUAUUUAGAUGCUAAGGAUGCAGCUGAAGAAGAAGGUAUAUAUCGAUUGAGCGGAGCAAAUGCCACUAUAAAAAUGUUAAAGGAUCGAUUCAAUACUGAGGGCGAUGUUAAUUUAUUGGGUGAAGAAGAUUAUUAUGAUGUGCAUGCAGUGGCUGGUUUGUUGAAACUUUAUCUUAGAGAAUUACCAACCAGUGUACUCACCAGAGAUUUACAUUUGGAAUUUGUACAUGUUAUUGAUUUACUUGAUAGAAAAGAACGUAUAAAUGAACUUGGUCGAUUAGUCUCUACAUUACCAUUAUCUAAUUACACACUGCUAAGAACAUUAACAGGACACUUAAUAAGAAUUGUUCAAAAUGCAGCUGUCAACAAAAUGACCGCGAGAAACAUCGGAAUAGUUUUUUCACCUACACUUGGCAUACCAGCUAGUGUGUUCAGUUUAUUCAUGGCAGAAUUUGAUUAUAUAUUCUUCACUGAUAGUGAUGGUAUUGCAGCACCAAGAACAAUGGAUGCACCAUCAGAAGCACCCGAUAAUUCAAAGAAUUCUCCUGAUACAAAGAAUCCUCCAAUAUCACUGUCACCUGUAACGGCUAUUCGUCGUCGUGAUAUACGUGAUGAAAUUACAGGUAGAAAUAAUCGUAACAGUGUACAUUACAUGGAUAGUGCACCAGAAAAAGUUGUAGGUUUAGAAAGAAAAAUGACAGUUACUAAACCUACUCAGAAAGAUGAUACAUCAGAUGAAGAAGUUGUUAAUGAUCUUGCAAUUCAAGCAGAACAAGAUGAUGAUUCUUCAUCAAUAGACGAAUUAACAACUCAAUCUGCACCAAUAUCACCAAGAUUACCUGUGGCUCGAUACCCUAAAACGAACUCUAUACCGACGUCAACAUCGCUAAAUAAUGAUUCAACAGAAUCGAAUGGAUUAUUGGAUACAGGUGAUUUGCGUAAAAUGCGUCGAUUAACAGUUCGUAAUUUCACGGAAGGAAAUUCAAUGUAUGAAGAAUUUGCCGAAAAUCAGAAAAUGAUAGAGAAUGAAAAAAUCAAUUCAUCGACUGAAAUUAAAUGUGAUGAGCUAAUGGGAAAUUGGAAACCAUUUGAAAAGAGGAGAGAGCGUGAUCAAAGGAUAUAG